AAAGCACCCGCGCUUACACCGCAGCCCGCUUGCUCCAUUUUUCUAGAUCUGGAGCUAGAUCACCGAUUUCUCUGGUGUCUCCAUUCCCUUCUACGAAACUCUGUCGGAGCCAUGGAACAAAACCUUGGAAACUGGCCAGGAAUGCGGAGGCCUACUUCUGACCCUCAGUCUAAUGCUUUUGGAAACGUCUUCAAUGGAGCUGGAAGUGGACUUAUACGUGGAGGUUUGGGUGCAUAUGGGGAAAGGUUCUUGGGUUCAAGCUCCGAAUUCAUGCAGAGCAAUAUUACUCAGCAUCUCUCUGAUCCACAGUACUACUUCCAGGUGAAUGGCCGUUACGUAAGGAACAAAUUGAAAGUGAUCCUAUUUCCAUUCUUGCACAGAGGACACUGGACAAGGAUAACUGAGCCGGUUGCUGGAAAGCUUUCUUACAAACCACCAAUCCACGAUAUUAAUGCUCCAGACCUGUAUAUUCCCUUCAUGGCUUUUGGUACCUAUGUCGUUCUUUCUGGUUUCUACUCAGGUGUUUUUGGAAGAUUCACUCCAGAAGCACUGAGCUUGCAGUUUACCAAGGGAUUGUUUGGUUGGCUUUUCGAGGUCCUCAUCCUGGAAGGGAUUCUGUAUUCCAUGGGCAGCGGAGAGGCGCCGUUGCUCGACAUCGUUGCGUAUGGCGGCUACGCCUUCGCGGCAUUGUCGCUAGCCAUUAUGGCCAGGUUAUUCUGGAGCUUUUCAUACUACUUUAUGCUGCCUUGGAUUUGCAUUUGCACAGGUGUGUUUCUCUUGAAGACAAUGAAGAGGGUUCUGCUGGGUGGUGCUAGGGGUUAUGAAAAACACUCAAGCAGACAGCAUUAUCUUCUUCUCUUAAUGGUUGCAUUCCAGUUUCCGCUUCUAUUUUGGCUUGGUACUGUCACUGCAUAACUUGGUCGCUUUCCUAACUCUUACCAUUGAUGUUUUAGCUGGUCUAUUAAUAGUUUUGUAAAAUUUGGUCCAUGAGAUUUUACCUGUUUCUGAUGUGCUACAAUCCUUGUUCUUCAUUGGUAUGGCAAUGUAAUCCAAUUAUUAUUUUAUUU